AUGGCACGACAGAGGACCGACGAAGGCGUGGAAGUUCGGUUGAGGGUGGGGUUCUACUUCGACUUUGCGUCCCACCCCUUUGCUCAUGCGGGCCUGUUCGACCACAGCCGUCCAGUGCACGAGGCCCUGCAGCGUCUGCCGGCCUACCUCACCCACUGGUUCACCACCCUCGCCUCCUCCCCGCAGCACAACCACACCACCGUGGCCCGCAUCGUUGCGAGCGGCCGUGCCAUCGAUGGCAAGCGAUGGCACGUCGAUGGCGAGCACCUGCGUCGAUGCCUGGAUACAACACCAGCGGCCGCCGUGGUGACGAUGGAACGGUCACGCCUCGCCUCGACGGCGGUGACGGUGAAGCCCAGCAGCAUAUGCGGUCGGCCUGGUGGUCGGCUCUACGUGGGAGCCGGUGCGCGGCUGCUUGGCUGCCACAUCGACCUCAGCCAAGGUGAUGUAUACAUCGGAGAGGACACGGUGGUGGACCCGUUUGCGUCGGUGUGCGGACCGACGAUCAUGGGCAAGAACUGCGUUGUGCGAACGGGCGCGCGGAUUCGGGGCAACUGCAUCUUCGGCGAUCGCGUGGUGGUGGGCGGGGAGAUCAAGUCGAGCGUACUCAUGGACGAGGCCUCCUUCCCGCACCAGUCCUACGUCGGAGACUCGAUCUGCGGCUUCCGCAGCCACUUUGGCAAUGGCGCGACGAGCGCCAACUUGGGCAUCUACGAGGGCAUGAAGGAGGAAGCCCAGUUCACACCCCUCACACUCCUCGUGCCUGUGACCACCACCCACGAGUCCAGUGAUUCUCUUCCUUCUCGACAGCAGCACAAGAAGGUCAACGCCGGCACCGCCAAGCUUGGCAUCAUCAUGGGCGACUACUCUCAGGUCGGGUGUAACAGCGUGAGCGACCCUGCGACGUUCCUUGGCCCACGCACCGUGGUGUACGCCCUGACCAGCAUCCGCAAGGGUUUCUAUGGCCCCAACGAAGUCCUCAAGAACAAGCCCUUCGAGGCCGGCGUCAUCGAGCGGGCCGCCUUCGUCAUCAACAAGCUCUAG